AUGCAAACGAGUUCAAGUGCACCACUCGCACUGUCAAACCCGCUCGUGCUUGAGAUCAGCAGCCUCAAGGCGGCAGUCGAGCGAUAUCAGCAUGCAGCAGACAGCGCAAACAUUCAUCUACAACAUCAGGCUUUGGAUAUUUCCACAUUCUCUGCACGCUGUACGGCGUUGGAACAAGAGAACGCCAUCUUACGUGCCGAAGUCGCACUCUUACGUUCAACACCCGAAUCUUCAUCAACAUCUUCUUUAAGCAACAACAAUCUUGCCGUCUCUGAGCUUACACUCGCGCUCCGUCGAGUAUCCGAGCAGCUCGACCAGGCUGAAGAAGCUUUACGUGAGCAUACAGAACAACUCGGCAAAUCGAAUCUCGUGAGAGCGCGGCUCAAAGUCGAGUUGGAGCGAGCAGAACAGGAUGUGACGAUGAUUCGGGAGCGAGAGGAAGAGACGAAGAAGGAGUGUAGACGAUGGAAAGCAGAGUUGGAGAAAAAGGAGGAAGAACUCAAAAUGGUCGACCUCGUCGUGCGAGAGUAUGCAGACCUCGUGCGUACUCUCGAAGGCCGGACGUCUGUGUCGUCUCAGUAUCCGCGUGGUGCGAGGACGAGCUCGGAUCGGAAUAGGCUUGCUGUUGGGCAUUCAAAGCAGUCGAGUCUCGGCUCGAGCGGCGCCUCGUCUUCCACUUCGUCCAUCCCACAUCAACAUGGUACUGUAGCUGCAUUGCAAGAAGGACGGAUGGAUAGUCUACAUGAAGGAAGAAUCGGUCUGCAAAGGCUGAUGACCGAGUUUCACCACAAGACGGAGCAAAUGGAGGAGGAGAUAUCACGCUUGCACGUUCAGAUCGAGAAACUCGAAACCAAGUUAGUCGUAGCCGAUGGAUUGAUGGAACGUGGCGUCAAGGAGCUGGCGAGCGUCAAGAGCGAGCUGGCCAGUGCAUUGAGAGCGGACAAGAGUGCAGUCAAAAUGGUCGAACGCUACAUGAGCUUCUCGCAACAGUCAUCCAACCUGUUACAGACCGCGAUGCAAACUCAAAAAAAGCGACACGCUGCCACCGUUCUGACACUCGAGCAACAGCUCGAGACUUUGACGCGGCAGGUCGAACGUGAGAGGGCACUAGCGGACGAGCUCCGAAGUACUCUUGAUGAUUUGACGCUUGAAAUUGCACGAGAGGCAUUCGGGCGUCGACGAGAGAUCACGCUGAGACUUGGACUGCUGGAGCGAGAGCGACAAGUGGCCAAAAUGCUGGAGCGUUGGAUCGAUACACUCCAACGACGACAUGAACAGGAGGAAGGGAAUAAAGAGAGCCACCUAAGCGGGGCAAGAGAGAUCCUUGCGGCUCUUAGGGGCGUAGAUGCUCCAAAGGCGAUGGAUGAGGACAACUUUGUACGCGAGAAGCUGGUCCAGGAGAUUGAGGGACUGAGAGCAGAGGUUCAAGAGGAAAUGAAUCGUCGCUUGGAGCUUCAGCGCAUCAUUUCAGGGUACAUUGUUGCCGAGUCCAGAGGGGAGGCCCUCCCUUUGCAGGAGGAUUCUGAUCAGCAGCAAAGCUACGAGGAGCGAAUGAUGGUCAAGUCCCACGACCAGCCAGUAACAGGGCGAGAGGAUUCUUCGGGACAGCCCGCGGCUAUGGAGAACGCCACACGAGCACGCACGCCUUCAGCUCACUCGGCUAGUGACACUGCAAGCUUGGACUUGGAAGAGUAUUCUCCAACUCCUCCGUCUGAUGACAAUGGAGUACCCGAUCAAACAACAUCACUUCCAUCUGACAAUCCUUCGGGCACGACAGAGCCUGCGACGACGACGGCGACCAUCUCUCCUUCACAUGCCAAGAUGCCGCUGGAAUCUGAUGUAGAUGAACACGCUUCGCAGACAGUUGCUACCAUUCAGGGGCUCAAGAAGUGCGAACUGCGUUAUGAAGAUAUACAAACAGCGCUCAACGACUGCCACGAUGCUCUAUCAGCACUCCAAGCCUCGGUUAUUGAACGAACAAAUGAAGGCAAGGAGAAAGGGGGGGCAAUCAUCAUAUUCCUGCCUGCGGCAGUGGAGCGACUUUACGACUAUUGCGAGGAUGCCAGAGUCGAAUUGGAGAUUCUCAUUGCGGACGAGGCCAGAAUUUCGCAGGGUUACGAAACACUGCUUAACCUACGAAGCGACAAAGAAGCAGGGUCAACGGGGCAGGAAGCAUUGCUGGAGAAGAUUGAUGUCUUUGUCAAAGGGACGGAUCCAGCCAUCGUCAAAGCACGGAGCGUAUUCGAAGGCAAACUCGAGAACCUGAUGCACGACAUUGCGACGAUUAAGCGCGCCCUGCACGAAGACAUGUCAACCCCAGACGGAGCUGAGGCGCAGACUGGAAUUGCCUUUCCAACUGCUCAAACCGGAGAUGAAGAACGGCCUGACCAACCCAUGCCUAUCACGAUGGGAUCAUCAUUAUGGCAGACGAUCGCGAACAACAUCCCAACUCCUCGCAGUUCAAGCCCUGCACCUCGCGUCGCGCAAACGUUUGGCACAGUGAUGAGCACUGGACGACCACGUCUUCCUUCAAACCAAGGUAAACAACCAGGUACUAACCCAUUGAAUCAUCUCGGUCUACGAAUCGCAAUGCCACAACGGUUGUCGCCGUACGCCUCUGCGCAAUCACUGCACACAUCGACAUUGAAUAUUCACUCCCCAUUUCCGUUCAGCGCUCCGCUUAGUACGGGCAUCAAGUCUCCCGGCUUCGGAACGGGCGAACCUACCUCGGCACCUAUCUCGCGCGCAUCGUCCUGGUUCGGCGGUGCGAUGGGCGUCGGUGGCGGAAUCUCUCGUGCAAAGACGAUGUCGAAUAUUCUGGGUGGGGGCUUUGGUGGCAUGUCGAUGAGUCCGGCUAGCCCCCCUGCACCUUCCUCUUCGGCUAUGCACGUGGGCGGUCCCCGCAGAAGCGGAACUGGACACCAAAAGGCUGAGACUCGCGCAGAAAAGGGUUUAGAGACCGCUACUGGUCAGCGGAUCAGUUCUGUCGUUGCAUUGAACGACGGGGUAGAGGAUGAGGAGGUGGAGUAG